AGCAGUGACCUUAGAUUGUCUUGUAGUUGUACAUGGAACAAAUCAGAAGCUUUAAAUGUAUUUGAACCAAGGAGCAUCAAGAUCUUAUCUCAAGGCUUUGACUGUCAUGUGAUAAAUAUGGGUCUUGUGACCAUGGAUAAAGACCAUCAUUGUUCUUGGGAUAAAAGGAUUUUGUUUGAAGCUGUUGCAUCUAAUGACUGCUUAACCAUGAGGACACUCCUCCAAGGGAAUGAUAUUGAUCCUGCUGUUCGAGGUAGUCUUGGAGAAACAAUCCUUCACACUGCUAUAUUAAAUGGUCAGAUGGAAGUCUUGAAGGUCAUAUUAGAUUGUGUCCCAUCAUUAAUCAAUGAACCGAUGCUGCUGAACUAUUGCAAAGGUAAAAUAACUCUUCAUAUGGCAAUGCUAAAGCAAGACCUGGAAAUAGUUGAACUGAUGCUAAAAAAUGGAGUAGGUGUCAGGUCUCAAGCCUCCUGUAGCUGUGAAUUCGAAUGUGCAUUCUACUAUGGUGAUUAUCCAUUAUCAUUUGCAGCCUGCACAGGAAAUGAAGAAAUAUUAAAACUUCUGCUGGUUGAUUAUGGAGCAUCUCUUAAUGCACAAGAUUCACAGGGAAACACUGUGUUUCACAUCCUGGUCAUGCAGCAGAAUAAAGAAAUGGCCUGUCACAUGUACAACUUGAUCUUAGACCUUGUGCCACUCACGGAUUCUCAAUGUGCCGAACGCCUAGAAAAUAAUGACGGCUUUACUCCAUUAAAGUUGGCAGCCAAUGAGGGAAACAUCGAAAUGUUCAGCUAUCUCGUUAAGCGGCAAAAGAAAAUAUAUUGGACAAUAGGGACAAUUUCCUACAGCAUUUAUGACUUGACAAAUAUUGAUACAUGGAUGGCUCAGAACUCAGUUCUGGAUAUUAUAACUUCCAGCCAAAAGCCACAGGUCCGUAAACUUGUUGACAUUACACCAGUCAAAGAGCUGCUUGGUCAGAAAUGGAAGUCUUUCGGGUACAGGAGUUUUCUUGUUUGGAUGUUCAGCUACCUUGCCUACAUGGUUGUAUUUACAGCUGUCAGUCUCCACCGCCCUUUGAAACCCUUGGACCUUGGUGAAAGUAACGACAUAACUGUGAUGACACCCAAAAAAAUUUCUGAAUCCUAUGAAAGUACGGAAGAUCUUGUUAGGCUUACAGGAGAGCUAAUUACACUGUUUGGAGCAAUCAUCAUACUUUUUGUAGAGACUCCUCUUCUUUUUAAGCUGGGUCCAAAAAAGUACAUUGGAAAUGCAUCGACUGGUGGCCCUUUCUCCCUACUAAUGGUGGGAUAUUCGCUGUUAAUUUUCUCCGCUGCUGUACUGAGAGUUCUUGGGCAUGAGGCAGAAGCAAUUCCACUUUCCCUGGCUUUAAUAAUUGGAUGGUGCAAUUCAAUCUACUUUGCCAGAGGAUUUAAAAUGCUGGGCCAAUUUUCAAUAAUGAUUCAGAAGAUAAUCUUUGCUGAUUUUCUAUGCUGGUUCUGCUUAGUGUUCAUAAUUAUCAUUGGCUUUAGCUCUGCCUUUUAUGUAAUGUACCAGACAAUGGAUCCAGAGGUUAACCCAUUCGUAGAUGACUUUCCAAAGGCAUUGUAUGACGCCAUAGAAAUGAUGAUGGGAUUGACUAAUCUGAAGAUCCCUACAGACACGUCUUUUCCAUUGAUAUAUGUGGCCUACUCUGUGUAUAUGGUGUUUGUAUACCUUUUAUUGCUAAACAUGCUUAUCGCCAUGAUGGACAAUACGUAUUGGAGAGUGGCAAAAGAGAGAGAAGAGCUGUGGAAAAUCCAGGUUGCCGCUACCAUUCUCCUCCUAGAACGUCACAUGCCAAAGUUCCUAAAAGUACGGACUGGAAUCCCUGGGAGUUCCCUUGGUUUGGAUGAUAAGAAAUGGUAUAUUGGGGUUGAAGAAAUAUUAGAUGAAUAUAUGGCAGAAAAAAUAAAGCCUCCUGUAGGACUGGGUAAAAAGUCCACGCUCUGCUGGAACAAGAUCAGAAGAAAUAUUUCACUGAUUAUCAGUAUGAAUGAUAAUUCAGAAAUAACGGUGUUGUAAGCCAGAAAGAAUUUGACAAGUUUUGUAGAUCAUAUUUAUAUAACGUGCUCAUUUACAGAAAUGGAAGGACAGGAAAUAGUGCCAUUGACUGGACAUUGCAAUCAAC